AGGGACAAACAAACCCCGUUGCGUCACUUUGAAAAGAGGUGUGCGGCUAGCCCACACUCUGGCGCUCGGUACCGUCAUAACAAUCACUGGGCUUUUACACGAGCUUUGUGUCAAAGUAAUCUGGGUCAGAGACGACAGAAAUGCAGUAAGAUGGCGCUGGAGCAGUUCAGUGAUGUCGUACAGAGAUGUCAACACGUUCAGGAUGAGAACUUCUCUCCGGCCGACUUUGACCUGUUCAGCACGGCGGGGCGGAGCUGCAUCGAGCAGGGACACGGCGCUCACGUCCUCAGCGUCAUCGUCGACGAGAGAAAUAAAAAUAUCGUGAGCUGUAUGGGCUGGAACCUCCUGGAGCCGUUAGUCAAAGUUCUGCUUAAAAAGGAAGAGAAAAACCUGCAUCACUGUCAGGCCAUCUUCUCUCACCUACUGCAGGUGUGCAGUCCUAAAGAGCUGGUGGUCGGUCUGCUGGAGCAGGUGGAAGAACUUGAUGCUGAUGCUGUGGCUGAAACGGUCGCUCUGCUGCUCACGCCCUUACAGACAGUGCUGCUGAAGCUGGGGAAGAGGAAGGCCUCGACUCUGGGCAUGGCUCUCUCCACCCUGCUCAGUCAGGUGACCAAGCUUCCUGUUCCCCAGAGCCGGGAGCAGGAGGAGGACGACGUGUUCGGAUUGUGUCGCUGCUGCACGGCUCUGUCACGCUUCAUCCGACCCUUCGUGGAGGAGAUCAAGGAGAACAUUAAGGAACGUCGCACCGUCUCCAGGGACGACGAGCUCCGGGUGGAGGUCCUGAAAUUCUGUAUGAAGAGUUUGAGCGAGCCUCUGCUGGACGUCCAGCUGAAGGACCCAGACGCGCUAGAGACGUCCCCUCUCAGAGACUUCGCCACCGACAUCCUGGUCACUCUGUGUAGUAUCGGCGAGUCGCUCCCGGACUUGUUGUCCCACAGUCUUUUGCGGAAGCACGACGUCCCCGGGUUCCUGGAGGAGGAAGUCCGAUAUCCGAAGGAGUCUCUGGCCAGCUUGGCACAUUUACUGUUCGUGCACCACAUCGCCAUGGACUUGUUCCCCUCAGUGCUCAGCCCAGUUUUUGUCCUGCAGUGCAACAUGGAAUACAUCGAGCUCUUACUCAGUCGAACUGAAGAAUCCCGGUUACAGAAGGGACUGGAGCUGUAUGAGAAGACGCUGGUGCGGGUGGAGGACGGCAGCCUGCCCUGUGACCUCCUGGAUCUUAAAUCUUUUUUAAACGUUCCACAGGACUUGAUUAAGGUGAUGGCGCUGUGUCCGGUUCAGAACGUGAGGACUAAAGGACUCUCCGUUUUCCAGCUGAGCAUCGACAAAUUUAACACCGAGGCCAAAUACAAGUUUUUCAGGUGCAUGCUGAAAACCAGCAGUCACUCAGGAGUGGAGGGCUACAUCAUCCAGAACAUCAAGAACCAGAUCGACCUCGCCUUAAAGCCGGGUCAUGAGAACGACUGGUUCCUGGGGAAACAUCUCCUGCCUUUACUGCAUCAGGUCCUGAGUCUUCCUCAGGGACCAGAAACCGACCUGCUACACAAUCUAGACCGGAUUAUGGAGUCGUUGAACCUGCUGCGUUAUCUGCUGAUCCGAGAUAAAGAAUGGCACAACGAGACAGGAAUAUGGAGCGAGCUGUGUACGAUCGAGGAGAACUUCAUGAAGCCCCUGCGGACGGGCCUGAACAUGUCCCGAGCGCAUUACGAGGCCGAGCUGAAGAGCACGAAAGAGAAGAAGAAGAGCAGCACUGCAGACUCUAAAGCGCCGGCCUGCAUGGUUACCGUCGGCAACGAGACGCUGCCCAACAUGACUCCGGAAAUGCAGCUCCAGGUGCUGCAGUCGGCGCUCUACACGUUCGAUUUGAUCGAGAGCGUCUUGGCCCGAAUCGAGGAGAUCACCGAAGAGAAAGGACAGACGUAGGCCGACCCGGCAGUCUCCAGUACGGGAGCUUUAACAAACAUCAGCCAUAAAGCGAACACCAGUGUAGUGAGAAACACACACUCGUCACCGUAAACGGAUUGGGACACGCCCUGAUCUGACACUCGUCCUCGUGUAGUGAUAGAUACUAUAUACACGCGCAGCUCAAAAAAUGAGAAUGGUGGGAAAAGUUAUUUUUUCCCGUAAUUUAAUUAAAAGAGAGGAACUUUCAUAUAUUCCAGAUUCAUUACACAGAGUGAAAUAUUUCAAGCUUCCUUUUGUUUUAAUCCUUUUGAUGCUUACAGCUCAUGGAAAUCAAAAAUCCAGUAUCUCGGUAUAUACGAAUAAAGAAUUUAUAAUACAGGAAUGCCGAGCUGAGAAGACUCUAAUCAGAUAAUUAACUCCAAACAUCUGCGAAGGUUUCCUGAGGCUUUAAUCUCUGUCUGGUUCAGUACACACACACACACACACACACACACACACACACACACACACACACAAUCACAGGGAAGAUGGAAGUAAACGUUGCGUUUCAUUUGGAAAUCAAGGUUCCAGAGUCUGGAGGAAGAGUGGAGAGGAACAGAAUCCGAGCUGCUUGAAGUCCAGUGUGACGUUUCCACAGUCCGUGAUGAUUUGGGUUGUCGUGUCAACUGCUGGUGUCGGUCCAGUGUGUUUUCUCGAGUCGAGAGUCGAUGCAACGUCUACCAGGAGAUUUUAGAGAACUUCAUGCUUCCAUCUGCUGACGAGCUUUAUGGAGAUGAUUUCCUCUUCCAACAGGACUCAAUACUUGCCCACAGUGCCAAAACUUCUAGUAACUGGUUUACUGACCGUGGUGUUACUGUGCUCGAUCGUCCAGCCGACUCGCCUGACCCGAACCCCAUAGAGAAUCUACGAGAGACACCAGACCCGACGAUACAGACGAGCUGAAGACCGCUCUCAAAGCAACCUGGACUUCCAGAACACCUCGGCAGUGCCACAGGCCGAUCGCCUCCACGCCACGCCGCACCGACGCAGUCAUUCAUACAAAAGGAUUAAAACCCCGACCGAGUAUCAGCGCAUAAAUUAACGUCCUGUUCACAAGGUCGACAUUUCGGUAUUAAAUUCUUUAUUGGAAUAUUUUAAGAGACUGUAAGCUCACUUGAAAUAUCUCACUUUACGUGUAAUGAAUCUAGAAUAUAUGAAAGUUCCACUUUUUGAAUUAAAUUACGGGAAAAAGUGAACUUUUCCAUGAUAUUCUCAUUUUUUGAGACGUGUAUGUAUGUGUUUAUAUAACACGCACACACAAAGAAAAUCAUGUCAUCAUUUCUGUUGCGUGGCUCAGGAGAGAGAUUCAGCAUUAAAGCAAACAUUUGGGCAACGAAAGUGAGAUUUUACAUUAAUUACAGACAGAAAUAAGAACAGAUUCAGUAGUGGCGACAGGGACGAGACUGAACUGACGCACUUCUGAACGAACAAUGCAGGGUGCUGAAUGAGCCAAAUAUUUUUAAAGAGAAUUCUUUAAGCAGAAAGUUUACCUGUAAAUAUCUAAAUGGACACUUAAUAAAGCUUCCUUCUUUUUUUUUU